GGGCCGGAAGUGCGGGCGCAGCUACAACGCGGGUCGGGGUCGUGGGUGGGGGCCGGGCCUGCACUGGGGUCGGACUGCAGCUCCCGGCGGCCAGCAUGAAGCGGGACGUGCGCAUCCUGCUGCUUGGCGAGGCCCAGGUGGGGAAGACGUCGCUGAUCCUGUCGCUGGUGGGCGAGGAGUUCCCCGAGGAGGUCCCUCCCCGGGCAGAAGAGAUCACCAUUCCCGCGGACGUCACCCCAGAGAAGGUGCCCACCCACAUCGUGGAUUACUCAGAAGCUGAGCAGACAGUCGAGGAGCUUCAGGACGAGAUUCACAAGGCAAACGUGGUGUGCGUGGUGUAUGACGUGUCUGAGGAGGCCACUAUUGAGAAGAUCCGAACCAAAUGGAUCCCGCUGGUGAAUGGGGAUACCAAGAGGGGGCCCAGGGUCCCCAUUAUCCUGGUGGGCAACAAGUCGGACCUGAGGCCGGGGGGCUCCAUGGAGGCUGUGCUGCCCAUCAUGAGCCAGUUCCCUGAGAUCGAGACCUGUGUGGAGUGCUCGGCGAAGAACCUGAAAAACAUCUCAGAGCUGUUCUACUACGCACAGAAGGCCGUGCUGCACCCCACGGCCCCCCUCUAUGACCCUGAGGCCAAGCAGCUGAUGCCCGAGUGCGCCCAGGCCCUCACACGCAUCUUCAGGCUCUCGGACCAGGACAUGGACCAGGUGCUUAGUGACCAGGAGCUCAACGCUUUCCAGAUGUCCUGCUUCGGGCACCCUCUUGCCCCGCAGGCCCUGGAGGACGUGAAGGUGGUGGUGAGCAAGAAUGUGGCAGGAGGCGUGCGGGAUGACCGGCUGACCCUGGAUGGCUUCCUUUUCUUGAACACGCUCUUCAUCCAGCGAGGCCGCCACGAGACCACGUGGACCAUCCUGAGGCGCUUUGGCUAUGGUGACUCGCUUGAGCUGACGGCCAACUAUCUCUGCCCACCGCUCCGUGUGCCUCCCGGAUGCAGCACAGAGCUCAACCACCGCGGCUACCAGUUUGUGCAGAGGAUGUUCGAGAAGCAUGACCAGGACCGGGAUGGCGCCCUCUCGCCAGCAGAGCUGCAGAGCCUCUUCAGCGUGUUUCCUGCUGCUCCCUGGGGCCCCCAGCUCCCUCGCACGGUCCGCACCAAGGCCGGUCGGUUGCCCCUGCACGGGUAUCUCUGCCAGUGGACUCUGGUGACCUACUUGGACGUCCAGCACUGUCUUGAGCACCUUGGCUACCUGGGCUUCCCCACCCUCUGCGAGCAGGAUUCCCAGGCCCACGCCAUCACAGUCACCCGGGAGAAGAGGCUGGACCAGGAGAAGGGACAAACGCAGAGAAACGUUUUCUUGUGCAAGGUGGUAGGGGCCCGCGGAGUGGGCAAGUCCUCCUUCCUGCAGGCUUUCCUUGGCCAUGGCCUGGGGGAUGCUGGGGAGCCUGCCGGGGAGCCCUCUGCCUACACCAUCGACACCGUGCAGGUCAACGGGCAGGAGAAGUACCUGAUCCUGUGUGAGGUGGGUGCAGACAGCCUCCUGACCGCCUCGGCCGAUGCCACCUGUGACAUCGCCUGCUUGAUGUUUGACAGCAGCCACCCCAGGUCCUUCUCGCUGUGCGCCAGUGUCUACAAGCGCCACUACAUGGACAGGCAGACCCCCUGCCUCUUCGUCUCCUCCAAGGCUGACUUGCCUGAAGGCGUCUUGCUGCCUGGUCUGUCUCCGACUGAGUUCUGCCGUAGGCACCGGCUGCCCGCCCCCGCCCUGUUCUCUUGUGCCGGCCCAGCUGAGCCCCGCGCGGCCAUCUUCACCCGGCUCGCCACCAUGGCUGCCUUCCCACACCUUGUCCACGGGGAGCUGCACGCCACCUCCUUCUGGCUCCGGGUGGCGCUGGGGGCCGUCGGGGCUGCCGUUGCUGCCGUUCUCAGCUUCUCACUCUACAGGGUCUUGGUGAAGAGCCGAUGAGGUCCCAGACCCCACAGUCUGAUCUCAGGGUGCUGGUGUGGGGCCACUUGCUUGGUGGGGGAUGGAGACCCUCUCAACUUUCCUCCUGAGGACAGUCCACCUGCUGCCCCACCCCUGCCUCAGCCCCGAGGGUGGCCCUGGCUCCCAGCAGCCUGUGUCCGGCCUUGCUGCAGGUGCCGGGCAUGACCCUCUUCUGUGGGCAUCAUGUGUUGGAGGGACCGGGAGGUGUGGGUGAGGAAGUCAGUGACCCCAGACCCGAAUUCUCAGGGCUCCACUCCUCCUUCCUGGUCCCAUGUGGCCAGAGGGUAUGAAGGGGGUAAGAGGGCAGAGCUUUGGGCCAAAGGCAGGGGCGUGGAGGCAAGAAAUGGCUGGACCAUUGUGCGCGCCCCCACCCCCCAAUCUGAAGACAGGUCCAGGGCUGUGCCUCUCACAGAAGAUAUGAGAUUGGGUUUCCUGAUUAAACUUCACUUGUGUCUUUUA